AUGGAUAGCUCGGACGAAGAGCACGUCGAGGAGGAGAGCGGUGAGGCUCGCCAGAGAAGCGGCAGACACCAUACAUCCCCAGCAUCCAACCGCCAGCAGCUCCAAUCCUCCACCGGCGUAGCGCGAAACGACAGAGGUGGCUGGGGUGCCGAGGGCAACGGCAACGAUCCACAGCACACGAGCCAGCACGAAGCGCACGAGGUACGACUCCCACCGAGGCACGCCCGCGCGAUCCGUCGCAGCAGCGCCGUCGUGCACGACGAGGACGACGUGCCCACCGAGAAGGAGGAAGAGGAGGAACGGGAGGACGACGACUCUGCAGAUGAAGGAGGAGGCGCUGUACGGCGCAAGUUACCCCCGUCGAGGGGAUCCAGCCUCCCGGCGGCCGCCCAGCUGUAUCCGCCGCAGCGAUUACCGGGUCGUGCCCUGCAGCACAAGCCCAGCCUCGACGUGCAGGGCCUCCAACAGCGACGACGCCCAAAGGUGCUGCCCUUCCGCAAGACGUCGCUCCCGGCAUCGAUGUUCGGCUCGCAGCAGCGGAGGGACGCCGAGGCUGCCCUGCAUCGCCAGCCGCUCCUCGAUCGUACCUACCGGCAGAUGGAAGCCAGUUCGCGCUGGCCCGAAGGAGGCCCUUCGCCGCGCGACGAGGAGCGCCUCGGCCAGGGCGACGACACGGGCCGGUUCCCGCAUGUCACGAGAAUGACCACAACCACAGACAUGCCUGCCGUAGACGACGAUGGCUACUAUGAUUUCGAGAUGCGACAGCGGUCGGGCAUGCGCAGCGCGCGCGGCUCCACCCACAGUUUUGCCACUCGAUCUCGGGCACGCUCACCAUCACCCUCAUCGCGCCGACCAUCUGCCAGCCCUUUCGACCCGAUGGCCACCGCCGAAAUGUUCACCACCAACCGCAUACCGCCGUCGCGCAAGUAUCAGGAAAUCAAUCCCGAUGCUCCAGACGAGCUGCCACCAUCAAAACCUGCUCCCAUCAUGCUCCUCAAGCCGAAGAGGAAGCGCAAAGUCAGCGCCUUUUACCGCUGCUUCAGCUGGUUCUGGACGGCGUUCACGUGGCGAUUUACCAAGGCACUGUGGCCGCUCAUGCCCUCUGUCAUACUCCUCAUGCUUGCUGGUAUUCUAGCUGCGCUCUUCAACAUUUUCUACGACGUGGAUUGGGAAGGAACGCGGUCGUGGCGCUGGAUGGUUUGGGCCGGAGCGGUGAUCGCGGUCUUCGUGGUAUCGAACUACGUGUUUGCGAUAAUCAUGUGGGUUCUCAAGCGCCUCAUCUUCGAGACAAAGGUCUUCUACUACAUCAACACGGUGUCUACAACGUUGAGCUGUUUCGUAUCUUCGAUUGUCCUGCUGGCGACCUCCGGAACCAUCCUCACAGGGUGGAACAGCACUCCUCGCUGGUGGAUCACCAAAAUUUUAACGGCGCUGCUCGUCAUUUCGAUUCUUCACUUCUUUGUCAUUCUCGGCACCAAGUACCUCAUCGUCAAGUUGCACCGGGAGCAGUUCUGGGAGUCCAUUUCCAAGUUCCUGAUUUCUGAGCGGAUCAUCUGGAAGAUGGCCUACGGCAUUCGGCGCAAGGAGUCUGUGAAGCGUUCACAUGUUCUGCGCAAGCCCUCCAUGCAUCACUUCCAGAAUGCGUGGCAGUGGAUGUUGGACAAGCGCGCCAAUCCCUACCUCGAUGUUACGUCAUACGACAUGGACAGUAGUGCCAGAGCCGAGCCACCACUCGAGCACUCCGCCUCAGUCGCUCGAGUCAUCCUCAAAAAUCUCGACACCUACUGCAAGGGCUAUCUUGAGGAGGAGGACUUUGACCAGUUCUUCGAGUACGAGGAUGACGUCCAGGCUGCUCUCCGGCUCUUCCCCCGAGGUCAAACAAUCGAUCUGGCGCUGAUCACCGAAGCCGUGCAUCGUGUACACAAGGACAGGAAAUCGCUGUACAAGACACUGUUCGAUCGCGAGAACGCGGGCAAAGUGUUGACCUACAUCAUCACCAUCUUCUUUGCCAUCAUCAUGGUCUUCGUGGUCAUGCUAAUCUUCGAGCUGAGCAUCACAGAAUACCUCAUCCCGUUGGGCACCUUCUUCCUGGGCUUUUCCUUCAUUUUCGGCGCUUCGCUCAAGAACGUGUGGGAAGGCGUGGUGCUCAUCUUUGCCGUGCGGCCCUUCGACAUCGGCGACAGAAUCACAAUUCCUGAUCUCAUUCGCGUUGGGAACAACACAGGCACCACGUAUCCGACGUUGAUUGUCUCCAAGAUCAGCCUGUUCACGACCACGUUCUUUGCCACAGACGGUCGGUGCUUCAUCAUCCCCAACCAGCAGCUGUACGCGCUGCCCAUCACGCAGUACAAGCGGAGCAAGAACUACGCCGUCAACGUGAGCGUGCACCUCGACUUCUGCACCCCCGCCGAAAAGAUCAUCAUGCUGCGCGAGAAGGUCUACGAGUGGAUGAAGCAGGACAGCGCCCCUUGGCUGAUCCGUACGGACGAGGACUGGAUGUUCUGGGUGGACCAGAUCGAAAACAACAACAAGAUCACCGUCGUCUUCUGGAUCGAGCUACAAGACAUCAACUGGCAGCGACCGCGGUUCUACCUGGUGCCCAAGAGCAAUCUCUACCUCGCCAUCCAGAGGGCGUGCGAGGAGCUCGCCAUCACUUACCACCUCCCCGACCAACCGAUCCUUCUCAAGAAGGUGCAAGAGGUGCCGGCCGACCCUCAACAGCCGUCGUCGUCCGCCCUCAACCACGAGAAGCUCGCCCAAUUCGUGGAGUCAUAA